AUGGACACGGCUAAAGAGGCUGAACCGAUUUCAGUAGAGUUUGCAAAAAAUGAGGAUGACAGCAAACCAAAGAUUGACCACUUCGAAAAAGGAUAUGCGCCCAUCAAGGCAGAGUUCAUCGUCAAAGGUGCCGCACCCAUAGAGUACGACGAAAAGUACCUCACAAAAACCGAGCACAAUGGCAGUGAUAAAGCGGCUCCAAAGAGCACUGAAGAGCAGGCUGACAGCGGCGAAAAGAAGCGCCCCAAUGAGGAGAACGCGGCGGAAGAUAAUACUAGCAAAGAUGAUGGUCACCAGAAGAAGCGGAUAAAGGGACAGAACAAACACCGCCGCAACGUCAUGUUCAAGGAGAAAAAGGCCAAGGCGGACCCUGACCGGAUGCGAAUGUGCGUCUCCUUCUGCCGCGACGGCGUCUGCAGUUACGGCGAGCGCUGCACUCUCUCCCACGAUGUGGACGCCUUCUUGGCCCAGCGGGAGCCGGACCUGGGCCCGGUCUGCCACAACUUCACCGCCCUGGGCAAGUGCAACUACGGCGUCCUCUGCCGCUUCGGCUCCGCCCACCUCAAGGACGGCAAGGUGAACGUCGUGGAUGAGGCAAAGGUGGCCGCACAGCCGCCCACCGGACAGGCGAUCAACUUCCUCUCCGGUGACACCAAGUUUCAGCUGCAGAGAAAGCGCUACGACUUCAGCCUGGCCAACGAGGCCGCCAAAGCGGUCACCAGCGGAAAGCUGACGCUGGUAGAGGCCCGAAUGACGCCUCGAGCAAGGCCUCUGAAAAAUGGCCGCAUUGACUUUGCCGGCAAGCUCUACCUGGCGCCGCUGACCACCGUGGGCAACCUGCCCUUCCGGCGCAUCUGCAAGGAGUACGGCGCCGACAUCACCUGCGGAGAGAUGGCCCUCUCCACCAGCCUCCUCGAGGGCAAUCCCUCGGAGUGGGCGCUGCUGCGGCGGCAUCACACCGAAGACCUCUUUGGCGUCCAAAUAUGUGGCGCCCACGCCGACCAGCUGGCCCGCGCGGCGCAGCUCAUCACCGAGCACUGCUCCGUCGACUUCAUCGACCUAAACAUGGGCUGCCCCAUUGACCUGGUCUUCCGCAAGGGCGCCGGCUCGGCGCUGAUGGACCGUCGCAAGCGCCUCGAGGAGAUCAUCUACUCGGUGGGCGCCGUCACCGACGUCCCGCUCACGCUGAAGAUGCGCACCGGCGUCUACGAGCGCAAGGCGAUCGCCCGGAACGUCAUCAGUGCCGUCCGCGAGUGGUCCGACGCUUCGGACCGCAUCGGCCUGAUCACCAUUCACGGGCGCUCACGGGAGCAGCGCUACACCAAAAACGCCGACUGGACGUACAUUAGCGAGUGCGUCGAGGAGGCGAAAAGACUGAUCGAAGAUGAAAAUGGUCAAUCUCGCCCCUCGAUCCCCGUCUUCGGCUCCGGUGACGUGCUCUCCCACGAGGACUACUACCACCGAAUGGAGUCGACGCCCGGCCUGGCCGGCGUCAUGAUCGCCCGCGGCGCCCUCAUCAAGCCCUGGCUCUUCACGGAGAUCAAGGAGCGCCGCACCUGGGACAUCGCCGCCUCCGAGCGCCUUGACCUGUUUCGAAAGUACACCAACUACGGCCUGGAAAACUGGGGCAGCGACUCGGCAGGCGUGGAGAAGACACGCCGCUUUCUCCUCGAGUGGCUCUCCUUUGCACAUCGCUACAUUCCGGUGGGCCUGUUGGAGCGCCUGCCGCAGCGCAUCAACGACCGCCCGCCCCGUUUCGUCGGCCGCAGCGACCUGGAGACGCUGCUGAGCAGUGGCAGCGUCAAGGACUGGAUCGCCAUCUCCGAGAUGUUGCUCGGCCCCGUCCCCGCCGACUUUAGCUUCAUUCCCAAGCACAAAGCUAAUGCAUACUGA